AUCUAUCUAUCCAGCUUCAUUUGUCAUCGUGGACGGACUAGACCUACGACCACCACGGACGUUACUUAUCCCAACCCCGAAUGGUUAAAGAGCAAAGUAAAGGCAAUUAGCAAUAACACUUUCCAAGUCCUAACGCGAGGAAGCCUUCAAGCUUCAAGGCGCAAGGGAAAUUUGGCGACAUAAAUCUUCUGUAACCCAUCAUACGUACGGCAGGAUUACUCGUGGCUGCACCGUGUUUCAAACCCUAACACAUGCUAAAACAGCCAGUUCUUCACGCCAGAACCCACUUGGACUAUCAUUGCUGUCUCUUCCUCCUCUAUCAUCCCACAUGAAUACCGUGUCGAACACCCUUGAUGGCAAGGGUCCUAUUCAACCCCAUGUCAGUAACCUUCCACGACGCAAGCCAAGGCGUCUGCUGACGAACGUCAGGGAUGCGAAUCGAGAAAUUAGGCGGAAGCCUCUGUCCUCCUCGUCGAAGAACGCCUCCGGGAGGCAGACUUCUUCCUCAUCUUCUUCCAACAAAACCAAUUAUCUCUCGAAUUCGCAGCUACCCAAUGCUUUCUCUGGUUCUGGCCUGAAUGAAAACGUCAUUACACGUGAAACGACGCCUUCUUUGCCCCAUAGCUUGGUUCUUCCUUUGCCGAAACCUAAAGGUCAUGUUCAACCGCACGCAGACCAUUUGCCUAGGCGGAAAAGGGUCCAGUUGAAUCCACAGCAGCUGAGGAGGAAAUGGAGGCAGAAAUGGGCUGCGAGCAUGUAUAAACAGGAAGUACUGAAAGGGUCUGGCGUGUGGGUAGCAUUCGAUUUGAAUGAUCUGGGAAUUCGUGGAAUUGAAGGGGAAGAUGUAGUUGUGGAUGAGGUCGGCGAAGCGACAAGACGAGAAGUCGAUGAAUACGCCAAAGAAAUCGAAGAGAGUCAUCUUCUGACCUUUCAGCACAUCGUCAAAGUCGUUGUGUCCUCAACCGUCGCUGAUGGAGCUGAUAUUGAAGAGUACGGCCAAACGGUCAAACUAUUCAUUUUCCAGGACUGUCAAAGUGACGAUGGUGUACCUUGUGUAUCCAAUGAACAACUUCUGUUCAUUUCACGCCUUGUUCAGGAUCGACAUGGUUCCGCGGUCGCCUCCGGCGUGGACGAACGGAAGGAACGAAUCCUGAUCACUGUUCCUUACACUCGAUCAACCGACGCGAUGGCUUUGGCGAUUGUUGCUUGUCGAGCAGCCGGUAUACGCUCUAUUUCGCUGACGAACGCACCGACCGCCCCAACACGAGUUCAUUCUAGAGCUCCUACCCGCACAUCUUCCCCUGAACCUUCUUCGUCUCUCCGCACUGAGAUCCCUUCAUCCCCUCCCAUUCUAUCGACGGACCCUAUGACACAGGCAGGCGCGAUCCAGUCCCCUGCUUUAACAUAUCUAGCACGGAUGUAUGAUUUAGAAGACCUAGACGAGGCUUGGAAGGGUGCCCUCUCGUUUUCCGGCCUCGAACGUGUUAACGUAGUACUAGAGACCAUAUAGCGAUCGUAUCUAAUCUAUUUAGAAGUUACCACAUAUAUUAUAGCAUAAUCGUAAACUACUAGAUACAUGGAUAGAUGUUGCGACUUGCGACUGGUGUGAAUGGUAGAGUUGUGGGUAGCCCUUC